AUGCCUAAUUUAACUAACUCAACUCUUCUUGACCUUGUAACUAUUAUGAGCAAUCUACAUUAUGGUCCAUUUGCAUCAUAUUGGUGGUAUAACAAAAAAUCCACAAGAACACAAAAACUUUAUCCUAUUAGGUUGCAUUUAAAAAUGCACCAUGUUAAGAAUGAUAUAGAAUUUUAUACUUCUAUCACUAAAGGAAAAAAUAACAAACCUGGAUAUUGUUGCUUUGUUGGAGAUGUCAAUGAAAUUUCAGAAAACAUGACAACAACAGUUACAAAUAUUUAUCAAAAAUGUCUUAAAGAAAAAAUAGGAUGCUCUAAUAGUACAAAAUUAAGUGGCCCAGAUUAUUUUGGAAUGAAUAAUGAAGAUCAUCUAAAAAGAAUAUCUGCAGAUAUAACUUUUAUUCCAUUUUAUGUUCAAGAAAACAAUUUAAAAUUAUUUCAUGUUAAUUUUUAUUCAACAAAAACUGGGGAAAAACUAGAAGAAUAUCAAAGUUCUGAUGUGAAUGAGUUGUGGAAAUCAAUUGGAGUUUUCAAUAUGUUCACUGGUAGUCAAUUAUUUCUGUUAGAAAACAUAGAAUUAAAACAAAAAAUUGAUGAGCUAAUAUUAAGAAAAUUUGAAGUUAAUUUACAUCAAUGGAGUUCAACUAUUUUUGAGAAGCUUCACCAAACAUACACGAUACACUUCAAUGGUAAAGACCUUACAAUGUUGGUUUUAAAUCAUUUGCAUAAAAAAAAAUCAACUUUGUUUGAAUUUUAUAAUUUAUUAUACAAAUUUAAAAUUAUUGAAAAAAAUGAUUCAAAUUCAGAUGAAAAUUUUUUAAGAAAAACAAGAGCUUGA